AUGCGUCGCCUCCGACUCGUGCUGCCGCUGCUCGCGGCGCUCGCGGUGCUCGUGCCGUGGUGGGCCGCACGGCGCGACACCGCCAACCCGGCGCCGGCCGCGGCGGCGCUCAAUCUCGCGCGCGAGCAGGGCCGAGCCAUCGCAGCGCUCCGUGCCGACCUCGCGGCGUAUCGCGCGGAGACCGCGCGGCGCCGCGAGGCGGCGACUGCCCCGCGCGAGCGGCCAGCGGCGGCCGACGGCGCGGUACGCGACGCGGCGACGCCCCCGCGCGUGCGGCCAGCUGCCGCUGAGCCGCCGCCGCCGCCACCACCGCCGGACAUCACCUUUGCGCACGUGAUCAACCCGAUGCCGGCGGGCCACGGGCUCCACGCCGACGUCGAGGUCACGUUCGCGGCCCUCGCGCGGGCUGCGGCGUACGCGCGGGCCCGCGGCGUGGGCGUGCGGCUCCUGACCUGCGAGUUCGCCGGAGAGGCGCGGAUCCGACGGCCCGCGGCGUUCGAGCCCGUGGCGAACCUGACGCGCCACGCGUUCGAGGCCUACGAGCUCGGGCGGCGCGGUGUCGCGGAGCGGCGGCUGCCCUUCGUGACGGAAAUCUUCGAGAACGCCUACCGGGAGACGGAGGGCGCGCGGUUCCUCGGCUACACGAACGCGGACAUCGCCGUGCAGGAGGACUUUUACGUCAAGGCGGCCGCCUACGCGAAGGCCUCCGACGCCUUCGUGAUCAACCGCGUCGAGGUCGACGACAAGGACGCGAACGGCCGCCCGUACGGGCCCGCGGACCUGGAGACGCUCUACGCGCUCGGCCGGAAGCGGCCGCAGCGCCACGCCGGCUACGACUGCUUCUUCUGGCGGCGAGACCGGACGCCCCUCGUGUCCCUGUUUGUGCGGAAUGUAUUCGUGGGCUACCCGCCCGUCGGGAGGCACGUCAUGGAGGCGCUCCGCUGCGUCUUCGGAACGAAGUACCGCGAGAUCCGCGGCGCGCACCACACGUUCCAUCUCGGCGACCGGAACGGCGGCUGGUCGCAGCACGGCCAGUACGAGCACAUGAACCGGCGCGCGGCGCGGCUCGCGCCGGGCCCGUUCCGCCGCGUCGCGCGCUGCGGCGCCGGCGGCGCGGACGCCGUCGCCGCGGCCGCGGCCGAGCUCCGCCGCGCGCCGUUCGAGCGGUGGGACGUCCCGGGCGCCGAGUGGCCGCCGCGCGAGGUAUAA